AGUUGUGAGAAUAAAACCAGAUUAGAUUCUCAUCCUCCUUCUCCUUCUCCUUCUUUCCUCUUUCAUAACUGCCUCCAUUAUUAUUCUUACAACUUUCCCAAAGCUCUACCAGAACAGACAUCUCUGUGUUCGUCAACACCGCGUCGUUUGUUAGCUUUUGAGGUUAUGAGUACUGGUUGAGUGUGAUAGCUAGACUGUACGGAUAGAAACUGUAUGAUCUUCAAAAGGUUUUACUGAAUUUGGUAGUAGAAUAUAGGACUUAUAGCUGCACAUAUCGUAGUUUGCUGUAUGGCAAGUGGUUAAAGGUUCUUCAAGAACAUAGCAAGAUCUUGGUAGUUGCAAUUUUUGCCGUUAUACAUAGAAAGAGGACAGUAAUUAGAGGUUGCGAAGCUUGGGAGUCAUGCCGGUGUCUGGAAAUGAAGAGACUGGGGUUAAACCCGUUAGCUGGAAAUCUAGUGAUUAUAUUGCAGGUGUUCCAAUCAAGAAAAGGAGGUUUCCAAUGAUGAGACCUCCUUCACCCCCACCUGAAGAACCAUCUUUCCCCCCUUCAAAAAUGGAUUCGGUACAGAAGGGCCAAUUGAGCCAGUCUGAGGGGUCGACUAUUUCAAAUGCAACAAAAAUUCCUGAGUCUGAUGAUCGAGGAGGAAGCUCUGAUGUUAAGAAUGUUAAUAUGGUCCAAGGAAAUGAUAAUAUUGUUAGAGUUAAAGUUGAACAGCCUAGCCUUAAUGUUCACUCGAGUUCUUCAGAGGACUUGCAGCGGAAAGGGAAGUUUGUGAUGGCUGAUAAUCCUCUACCACAGAUGACUUUAGGGAGAAAUGAGUUGACUUUGAGACCAACUGAAGCUCCUGUGUAUAGUUUAAGUAAGGAUAUUAUGCAUGGGAAACAGUUAGCAGUAGUGAAAUGUAAAGAAGAGAUGCAUGCUAUUGCUGAGAGUACUGAAUUAUCAUUAUCCUUGAAAGAACGUCUUUUUCCAGCACUAACAGGCCAAAAGAGGGAUAGUGGUGUGAGUAACCUGUGUGGGGAUGAUGCCGAACCACUUUCCCUGAGUUUGUCUUUAAGUGAAGAGAAAAUUAGUAGCCAAUGCAAAAGUAAAGACAAAGAUUUGAAAAUCCAUGGUGCCCAGAUGCAAGCAUGUAGGGCAAAUUGGGAUUUGAACACACCAAUGGAUGCAUGGGAAAAUUCUGUUAAUGAUGCUGUAGUAUCUGUUGAUGCAAUUGGUGUGGCACAUGCUGCUAGCAUGAUUGAAGGUGGUUUGAGCUCAGAGAAACAGAGUAAUGCUGAGAAUCACAAAAGAACUAAUUUGACCAUGUUGUCCAAACUAGGAAGCCAGCAAUGUGAGUCCAGUGGCUCUCUUCUUUUACGCCUUAGUUCAUGCUCACCAACAAACAUGUGUCACAUAACUAGUUCUUCCAUUGGCUUUGGUUUGGAUGAGAGAGUUUCUGCUGCAAAUUUUCCUAGGGUGGCAGGGCCAACUAGCAAUCUGAACUUGGGUAGUUAUAGAACUGUGAAACCAGAACCAUUUGAUGGGAGAGUCAAACAGGAACCCAGUAGUAUGGGGCCCUUCGAUGCUGUAGCUGGUAAGUCUUCAAAUGUGAGCACUCAAAAGUUUGUUGAUCCUAGAUCCAUAAAAUCUGAACCUGUGAUUGAGCUUAGUCAAGAAAUGAGCAAGUCGAACAAAGGGAAAUCAGUCCCACUGGAUAAACAUGUGAUAAAUGGUCUGAAUGAUCUUUCUUCGAACAUGAAGUUGCCUGUUGCUACAGAGAUAUCUCUGCCAGCUGGUAAGCCUUCUUAUUUGACAAAGUUGACUGGGACUCAGGUUGUGGUAAACCAUUCAGUAGUGUCUAACCAAAAGCUGCCUCAUGAAGCUUGUCAAAGCAAUGAGAAAACUGCCACAUCCCUGGGACAUGAUAGUAAGGUAAACCACGUGCAAACCACAGAUGACAGUGUUGAUCAACCUGUGAACAAGAGUUGUGAAUUGAAAACGCUGAAUGAUCAACCGCUUGAUUCACGUGGAAGCGGUGGAACCAGUGAUGAGGAGAAGAUAAAUAUCUCGACAGAUAUGCUGGAAGAGUCUUUUGGUACUGAUUAUGAAUCAGAUGGUAAUCAUGCUAUAGAUGCAGAAAUUGUGACUAAACAAGAAGGUAAAAAUGUUGACUAUGAAGACGGCAAAGUCAGGGAUGCACUUGGAAAUGCAGCAGUCCAGGAUGAUCUCAUGUGUGAGGCAAGAGGAGUGGAAGAUGCCAAUCGUCAUGAUUUUCAUAAUGAAAGGACAGAGUGUGUGGGACCUUUAAAUAUUGUUCAUCAUACUUCAUUCCAUGUUGAGGCAAAAGACAACAAAACAGACAAUCUUGCUGGAACAAGCAACAAUGAUCAUGAAGUUUCUUCUCAUAUUGAUCGUAAUGCUAAAUUGGACAAGGGCUGUGAUAAUGAUGUGUGCAUCCAAGAACCAUCCUCUGUUGAAAAGCUAACGAGCUCUGAGGGCUUGAAAGGGUCCAUCAGCAGUGUGACAACAGAACCCCUCAAUGAUCAAUCUAGGAUGAGACAUUCCCAGAAGUGUCAAGAUGCAGAGUUAUCCUCAGAGCAAGUUACUUUAGGAAGCCAGGGAACUGCUGUAGCUACUGCUCAGGAUACUGAGCGGCAUGUUAAUAAAACUGAACCGGUUCUGACCAGUGAUUCAACUUUGUCCAAAACUUCUGGUAGUGGUGACAAUGCAACUAAAGAUACCAAUAAUGGGGGACAACGGAGCCGGAUUAUAACUUUGCCUCGCUCUUUAAAUGGUUCUCCUAGUAGAUCAAUAUCAAUUCCAAGCGGAGCUGGAACUGAAAUUUUACAUGAUGUUACAGCAGACGACGAAAAACUACAUCCUCGAGGGAGAGGUGAAACAUAUGUUGACGAUAUGUACAGAUAUUCAAGGGAGAGAUACCAAGAUCAGUCAUGGAGGAAUUCUAGGGUGAAUUUUAGACGUGGUAGAGGGAGGAUAAAUGACCGUGUUGAUUACAAUUCUGAACGUUACAUUGCAGCAGAGAAUCAUUAUAAUCAUACGAAGUACCGUGUUCCGAGAUAUAAAUACAUAAACAAUGUUUCUGACACUGACCUUGAAUAUAAUAAUGUCAGUAUGGCUUCAGAUGCUGCUUUUGUUGGCUGUGGAGGGAGGAAAUUUUCAGAUGGACCAAUUAACCACCGUAUACCCUUAAGGAGACGGUCUCCUGUUGGGGGACAGAUUCAUGUGCCUCGCAGGAAUCCAAGAAAUUUUAGUCCAGGUAGAUGCAUUGGUGAGGAUACUUCAGACUUGAUUGGGAUGAGGCAUAACGAGAAACUUAUGAGAGGCUUUCCGAUUGAUUCUAUAGAUCCCAUGUUCAAUCGCACCCUACCUUCAUAUGAGGGAGAUGGUCAAUUUGGACGAGGGCGAGGAAAUAGAAACUUUUCUUUUGGUCAGCAAAGAGGGUUUCGAGUUCAUUCAAAGUCUCCAAUAAGGACCAGAACUCGAUCUCCUGGGCAAUGGUCAUCUCCUACAAGAAGAUCUCCCAAUGGAUUUGGUGGGCCAGGGGAAUUGAACCAUCAACCAAAUUACAGGGCGGAUAGGUUUAAAUCCCCUGAUGGGGCAUCUUUUACUGGAGAGAUGGUGUUUAGAAGAAACCCACCAAGUGAUUUGAGGGAUAUGGAUAAUGGAAGAGACCAUGGUCCUCAACGGUCUGGCAUCCAUAGGAGUCCUUCUCAGAUACUUAGACACAGAAGAUUCAAUGUCAUGAAUUCUCGAGAAAGGGCAGACAAUAAUGAGUUUUUUGUGGGUGGCGGGCCUAUGCAUUCUGCUCGGUUGCAUGAACUAGGUGGUGAUGGAAAUGGUGACGAGAGGAGAAGGUUUGGCGAGAGACGUGGACCUGUACGUACAUUUAGGUCUCCUUAUAACAGUGAUGAUGGUGAGUUUAAUGUUAACACAGAGGAUGACUCUAGGCCUUUCCGGUUCUGUCCUGAUGGGGAGACUGAGUAUCAGGAAAGAGUGAAUUUGAGGGAAAGAGAUUUUGAUAGGAGAGUAAAGAACAGGCCAGGAAUUGCACCUAGAAGAAUGAGAAGCAAUGAAGAUCGGGAAGGAAAUUUGAGGAAUGAUGGACAGCCAUGGAAUGAUGGUGAUUUUGAUGAUAUCUCACGGGCGAAGAGAAAAAAGUUUUGAUUUGCUUCUCUGAUGACCUUGGAUUCAGCAGUCGUCUCCAGACUAAUCUGGGACGGUGGCUCAAAGAAUAAAACAAGUCAUCCUAAUACUGGGGUGAGCCUGUGAGGGCCUUUUCCAGUUCCAAGCUGGGUUUUUCCGAUUCUGUGAUUUGAAGGACCGAAUGCAAUACAACUUGCUUGAUUUUGAACCAUGUAAAUAUGCUGCACUUGGUUUUAUGGUGAUCAAUUCCCCCAUGGAGUUCACCAGUGUCCAAGUAUGUUGAGCAAGUCUACUGUCAUAUGGUCUUGGCUGCACAUCUGUACCCAAAUCUCCAAUGUUAUUCUCGUGGAGUCGGUUAUCUAAAUGCUUCAUUGGAAAUUCAUGCUUGGUGGGAACUGCCAUUACUUUCUUACUAAUAUUUGGACCAUAAAGCUCCUGUGUACUUGCCCCUGUGGCCUAGAUGAGCGGCCUGUUGACGUAGUUUAUUCCAUGGUGCUGAAAAUUGCCACUGAACCUCUGGCAUCUCAUCUGCAGUGCUUGAAGCUGGCUAAGAAGAUUGGAGUUUUUGAUGCAGUUUAUAACUAUAUCUCUGUCUUCUAUUCUCUUAUGGAUUAAAUGACAUUGAAUGAGGCUCCAGUUUUUCUUAAUGCCCGCUGCAUUGCUGGUUUUUUGUUGCAUACUUGCAAUUGUUCAACUCGAAUCAGCUACAUGGGUACAAUUUGUUGCACUGAUGAAGAAAGUUUUACCAUUUGUGUUGUACUGUGAACUUGUUGAAACUAAUGAAACAUGUGCAUCAGGGUUUUCGGUUUUC